GUCAUCGGCCCUCGUCGCAUUGGGAGAAUGUUUCUCUUUCACGCCAUUUGUAAAUCAAAAAAGGAGAAACUUGGAGACAAAAAUUAAAGAUCGAUAGGAAAGAUAAAAAAUACUCAGAUGCACUCAUUCGCUAUUCGAUUUGUUUCUUCAGCGGCAUGCUUACCACAACGCAGCCUCUGGUCGGAGUGGUUUAUUUACAUUGUGUUCAUUUCCAUCUUUCUAUGUAUUCUUUGUUUGUUUUAAUUUACACCACAAGUUAGAUACAUCUUUUAAAAAUACGUAGAUGAUUCACGUUCUUUUCUCGAUUCUCUCGCAUAAGGGCUUUUGAACCGUAUAGAUCAUACGCCUAAUUCUCAAGACGUAAGACAAUUCAGCAGGAUCGCAUGGUUCGUUCCAGAGCCAAAGCUAUAUUAACCAAUCGUGGGCCUGUAGAACAAAAGGUGCAUUUUUUGUUCGAACGGAACGCUGACACUGUCACCCAUCAGACCAUGAUAGCAGGUGGUUCGGAAGAGACGAUGUAUAAAUUCGUUAGAGAUGCAAUCAUUUCGAAAGAUAUUAUGUUGUCCAACGGUGUCCCAACAAUUUAUUGAAGUUUCCUGCUUCUCCUACUACCCCCGCACUACACCAUCUAGCAUCGUGUGUGUGCCCCAAUCAGGAUCCCCCAAAUUGUUAAGUUUAUCGUUUAGAGCGUAGAUAAAACCAUGUACACCGAUAUUAGUUGAGUGAGAUCGGUUUUGUUUUGGAUUAGUAAAUGGCUAAUGGCUCUAGGAUAGAGAGCGGAUGCGAUGCGUACACUGUCGCAGAUGCGCCUGUGGUGUUCUGUGUAGUGUAAGCAGUAAGAUUUGUGUAUCCUGAGUGAAAGCGAAGAGGCCGACGAAGCGAUAUGAUGGAAUGAAGGAAUUGUCCGCAACAGCCGGAUUCGGCUGCAGUUGCGCGUUGUGCUUGACCAUUACCAUUUCUACUGUGGUUAUCCGCUGGCAGUGGAAUGGUUUUUCCGAUGAACGGAUUCAUCGAAUAGGAGCACCGAUUUUAGUUAAACAAUUAACUAGGAGGUUAGAUAAGAGAAAGGUAGAGCGCGAGGAGGAAUGGAGGUGAAUGUGAAUGUUUAUGUGUAUGCUAGUAACGUUGCUUUAGAAAGGUUACGAUCGGCCACGGUGCAUUUAGACCAGAGAACGCUAGUGUUUAAUUCCUGAUACUACGAUAAAACGAUAAACAAUACAUGACCCACACAUGGUGUUCGCGGCAAAGCGAAUCGAAGCUAGGAAGUUCGUUGGUAUUGGCAUUGCUACUACCAACAUAAACAAACAAGUAUGCGUGUGAGAAUCCUAUAGACAAUAGAUAUCAAGUGCGAAAGGCCGUUGAGGACGAAAACGUGGGAAGAGAAACGUAUCGGCGCCUUACCCUAGAGGCUAGCGGACAUGUUUGAACCAGGGCAAGAAUGUGAGAAGCUCAUGUUCUAGCUUGAGUUAGGUAGGCGAGACAAAGAAGAAAGAUCACAUCAAAUGACUUCAUUGCAUAGUCGGUUUCCGAGUUUUAUGCUCCUUUUCUUUUUUACCUCUUUAUUCGGAAGUUCACAUCUCUUUGCUAAUAAUGCUAAACCUAAACGCUGUAAUACUGUUCGUAUGGGAUUUUGUAUGUUCCUAGCAUGAGGAAUCCCUUAAAACAAAAAAGCGCAAGAAAGUUACAUCGCCGCAAAUGGGGCUUCAACAGAUUUUACACAACGAUCACACUAGGAAAACUAGAAAGAGAGGAAGACAAAAACACCUUGUAAUCUAUCCUAAUCUUGCUAAUAAACAUGAAGGAAAUUUUAUACAGUUUUAAGGAAAAAGGAGCGGCAAAACCAGCGAUGCAUUAGCAGCAUGGAAAGCAGCAAAGAACAAAAGGAUAAUCUGGAAGUGAAACCAAGGAACAAGAAACCAAGAAGAGGCAGGUGUAAGCAAAGCAGGCGACGAAUAGAGCAAUUAUGUAGCGGAUGCCGGUGCCGAUUGAUAGCAAAUGCAAUCAUCGAAUCAAAAUUUAAAGGCCAUGGUAGCGAAAAUAUCUUGCGUGGACGAAAGCCAAGAGAUCGACAGAGACAUAAAUCAGGGUUUAGGAUAUAUUCCUCCGGCGAAAAUGUGGAUAUAGUGUCUCACUGGAAGGCCAUGUGCUUUGCCUUUCUUGUUUAAAGUAAUGAAGUAAGGCCCCAAAUCCCAUUGCGAAUGCACCAAAAGCGCGAUGACAUCGAAGUAGUGGCGGUGGCUUAUCACAGACAGAAGGCUUCUAGGCUUCCCGUGAAAACGCAUUAUUUGCUUAAAAGGUUGACCGAAGAAAACGAGAUAAAGUUGGAGAGGAGCAUUUUCGCGCUUCAAGAUAAUGAAACAAGCAUAUAAACAAUUUGAACUAAGUAACAAUAAUCACAUUUACUCAGCAACUGAAUAUGGAAGAGAGAGAGAGAGGGAAAAGAGAGAGGGGAGAGAGAAAGAG